CUUCUCGUCCCGCAGUGCACUGGUUACUGUGCCUUUGGAGAGACGAAAGGUUUUGGUGAAGAAAAGACAAUGACGACGGAAGUCUCGCACCAGGAGCAGACGCUCGACGUGGAAAAGCGUCCGCUGCCCAAAAACUCGAUCAACUUCGAGCAGUUGCGCCAAGGGCUGAGGGAAAUUUUCUCGCAGGACUCGGUCAACGUUGAAGAGGUCAGAGAACUGAUGCUCGCCUACCGAAGCGACCCCAAAGAGUGGAAGAAGUUUGCCAAAUUCGACAGGUGCAAAUAUACGAGGAAUCUGGUGGAUACAGGCAAUGAAAAAUACAACCUGAUCGUUCUCUGCUGGGGCGAAGGUCACGGCUCGGCCAUCCACGACCACGCGGACGCUCACUGCUUCAUGAAAAUGCUGCAAGGCACGCUGAGUGAGGUCCGUUUCGAGUGGCCGACGAACCCGGUCCAAGGUUCGGAAAUCAAGGACGAAGACAUCAAAGAGAUGAGAGAGAUCGGCAGGAGCAGCCUUUACGUCAACCAAGUUUGCUACAUUAAUGACUCUAUGGGAUUACACCGAGUUGAGAACACCAGCCACACCGAGCGGGCUGUAAGUCUGCACUUGUACUGCCCACCUUUUAACUCCUGCUCCGUCUUUAACGCGCGCACCGGACAGAGGAGCAAGUGUCCAGUCACUUUCUGGACCAAAUUCGGGGAAAAGAACAACCUGCUUGAAAUCUCGCCGAAACUAGAAGACAACUGACGAUUUUAGAGUUUUGUGACCGCUGUGGGUGCCAAAAUACACAAAUAAUAUCGUAGAUUUUAAAUUUCAUGUUAUCUCAUAUCAAGGCACAACACCCCAGCCUUUUUCGUGUGACAGAGAAUUGCCUAAUAAAAUAUAGUCACGAGAAACUGUUGUAAAUAGCGAAAUCAUUUCGCACCACGUACAAAGCUAGCAAAUUGUUCUUUACGGACUUAUUAUUUUAAGAUUUUAAAUAUAAAUAAAUGUAUUUAAGGUAAACAA